ACGUCAUUCUGCAGCGACAGUUUAGGCAAAAUAAGUACUGUAGAUUUUUCGGAAAGUGCAUAAUUUGUCUGUUUAUGUUAACGGGUUGGGGAUUGUGCUUUGAUGACCCCCUCAGCGUUGCAGUAUGUGAAAGUUUUGACAGAGGAAGCAAGAUGAGUGGUGGUUUGGCACCAAGUAAAAGUACAGUUUACGUCUCCAACCUACCAUUUUCACUAACUAAUAAUGAUUUGCACAAGAUUUUUAUCAAGUAUGGAAAAGUUGUUAAGGUUACUAUUGUGAAGGAUAAAGACACCAGAAGAAGUAAAGGAGUGGCCUUUGUUCUUUUCCUGGAUAGGGAAUCAGCCCACAAUUGUGCAAGAGCUCUUAACAACAAACAAUUGUUUGGCAGAACAGUAAGAGCAAGCAUUGCGGUUGACAACGGCAGAGCAGCUGAAUUUAUUAGAAGGCGCAAUUAUACCGACAAGUCCAAAUGUUAUGAAUGUGGAGAAUCUGGUCACUUAAGCUAUGCAUGCCCUAAAAACAUGCUUGGUGAAAGAGAACCACCCAAGAAGAAAGAAAAGAAAAAGAAGAAGAAAGUAGAAGAGACAGAAGAAGUUGAGGAUGAAGAAAGUGACGAGGAAGGAGAAGACCCUGCUCUUGAUAGUCUCAGCCAAGCUAUUGCAUUCCAGCAAGCAAGAAUUGAAGAGGAUGAACAAAGGCGCAAACAGAGAGAGGAUGCAAAUGGGGCUUCUACUUCUGAGGACUCUAGACGACCAAGAAUUAAAAAGAGUGCUUAUUUUAGUGAUGAAGAAGAACUAAGUGACUAGAAGCUGUUAUUUUACCUGUGCAAAUUUUGAAAGUGUAUUUGCAUUUUAGCAAUUUUAUAAGUUUCCCUUUACCCAGAUUGGUUCAGUUAGGUACCUUGGACUACUAGGUACCUUUUUUACUACUAUUCUUAUUUAUUUUUUCAAAGUGUUCGUAUAAGAUUUGUCAUUUUACCAAUCUGGAUGUAAAAAAUAUAUUUUCACAUUUUAAUAAACUCAUUAAUCCU